AUGAAUCGACUUUUUGGUGCAUCCAAAGGUACCACUGUACCAAAAACAACAUUAAAUGAUACGUCAGCCACGCUUGAUGCACGUGUAGAAACUUUGAAUAAACAAAUUGCAACAAUUGAUCAAGAAUUACAAGCAUAUAGUAAAUUACCUCCUGCUAGAAAAGCUGGUCAAAAAGCACGUGCUAUGGCUCUUUUAAGUAAAAAGAAAAUGUAUGAAAGACAACGUCAGACAUUAGAAGGACAAGCAGGUAAUAUUAGUGCAACUGCAUUUGCUGUUAGCAAUAUUCAAACACAAAAAGAAAUUUUCAAUGGAUUAAAAGAUGCUAAAAAACAAUUGGUUAAAGGUUAUAAAGACUUAAAACCUGAUAAAGUUGAAAACCUUAUGGAUGAUCUUGAUGAUCAACUUCUUGAUCAAGAGGAGAUGAAUGAUAUGUUUAGCAGACCAAUCGGUCAAGAUAUGUAUAUGACUGAUGCUGAUCUUGAAAGUGAAUUGGCUGGUCUUGCUGAAGAAGAAUUUGGUAUGGAUUCUGGUGCUAUGUUUAAUGACUUACACGCACCUAGUGUUCCUGUUCAACCACUUGAUGGUGGUCAUGCAUCUUCAACAACUAAAGACGGUGUCAUGGUUGACGAAUUUGGUUUGCCAAAACUUCCUGCACCAGGCAUGAGAAACUAA